UGACACCGGAAGUGCCGGGGAGGUUGUCUGCACAGAAGUCACGCCGCAGGCUCAUCGUCUUGUGUUCAUGUUUUUGUGUCGUACGAAACCGAUAGAGAUAACUGAUCACUAACGAUUAAUCGAACAGAGAGUUAAUCGAACUAUUUUUACUUAACUUUGUUAAAAUGUUUCGUUUAGCAAGGAUAGGAACGCUUCGAUCGCUGGAGGGACUGCAUCAUCUAUGUCAACAACAAGUGCGUCUACGAUCCCGUCUGCCACUAAACACAGCCAUUUUGUUUGUACCUCAGCAGGAAGCCUGGAUCAUUGAGCGUUUUGGAAAAUAUCACAGAGUCCUUGAACCUGGCUUGAAUUUAUGCAUCCCAGUUGUGGACUCAAUUAAAUAUGUUCAGAGUCUCAAGGAAAUAGCCAUUGAUGUUCCCCAACAAGCUGCCAUCUCUGUUGACAAUGUAACACUGACAAUGGAUGGUAUUCUUUAUCUGAGAGUUAUGGAUCCGUACAAGGCAUCGUAUGGAGUGGAAGAUCCAGAGUAUGCAAUUACACAGCUAGCCCAGACCACUAUGCGAUCAGAAAUUGGUAAAAUUACUUUAGACAAUGUCUUCAGAGAACGAGAAUCCCUCAACAUUGCAAUUGUUGAGGCAAUCAACAAGGCAUCAGAAGCUUGGGGCAUUGUGUGUCUCCGUUACGAGAUCCGUGAUAUCAAGCUCCCUUCACGAGUACAAGAAGCCAUGCAGAUGCAGGUUGAAGCAGAGCGGAAGAAGCGAGCAGCCAUAUUGGAAUCAGAGGGCAUACGAGAGGCAGAAAUUAACAUAGCCGAGGGCAAGAAACAAGCUCGCAUUCUCAACUCUGAGGCUUUCAAAGCAGAACAAAUUAACCAGGCUCACGGUGAUGCAGAGGCCCUGAUUGCCAGAGCCCGUGCCAAGGCAUCAUCUGUAGAUGUUGUAGCUAAAGCACUUUCACAGAAGAAUGGUCUGAAUGCAGUUGGUAUGAAUGUAGCUGAGCAGUAUGUGGCAGCAUUCGGUCAGCUGGCCAAGACCACAAACACCUUGAUUGUGCCUUCGAACACUGGUGAUGUCUCUUCUAUGGUUGCACAGGCUAUGACCAUCUAUACCAGUCUGGCUGACAGGAAUACCCACCUACAAGGCAGCGAGCUCAGCAACAAGUCUAGAAGUGACUCUGACAGUGGCUGUCAACAGCUGGAUGCUGCCGGUGACUCCACUAGUAACUAUGUAGAGAAGGAUCUAAGCAAAGAUGCACAUCAACCAUCAGAUCACAGAGACCAGCACUGAGAAUCUCCUGCAUGUGUGAAUGGAUGUGUUUUAUUGAAUGGUUUGUUACAGCAAAUGAAUGUGUGAGUACAAAUGAUGACAUGUUUUUUUAGAAAGUGCUGCUGUAUUCUAGAGACUGCCUUAAAUAUUGAUGUGAAAGUUGGUUUUGGUGAACACCAUUGACAAUAUCUGUAACUUCAAAUGUGAACUAUAUUGGUGGCAACAAAUCUUGAUGGUGUGAUUAAGAUCUGCAGACUGUGGAUAUACUGCUGGUAGCAGCACUGAUAAUGCGCCAUCAAAUUGUUGCAGGUUUUUGAAUAUAGGAGUGCUAACACAACGAUGAUGCGUGUUGUUUGUGUGUGUGUGGAAUUAAACAUUGUAUAAGCAUUA